AUGAAGUCCACAAUCAUCUCCCCACCUCCAGGAAGGUUUGUGAAGGAAGAUCUUUUUCUCCACAGACAGAAGUGGACUAAAGAGCACAGAAAUGCUAAGAUCAAUGAUGUUGUCCUCCUGAAGGAUGGACGCAACCAGUGGAAGUUGGCAAGGAUCAUUGAAGUGUACCCUGGAAAGGAUGGAAGAGUGAGGAAGGCUAUUAAGCAGAUGUAUGUGCUCGUGCUGGGCCUCGAUGUUCUUGGAAACCCAUUUGGACUGAUCAGAGGAUUGUCAGAAGGAGUGGAGGCUUUCUUCUAUGAGCCCUAUCAGGGAGCCAUCCAGGGCCCUGAGGAGUUUGUUGAAGGAAUGACUCUUGGGGUUAAGGCGCUGGUGGGAGGAGCUUCUCAUUACAGGGAAGCCAAUUUGCAGAUACUGAUUCACUGUUUUUGCUGUGGUAGCUCAUCCUUCCUUUACUUUCAUAUACAGUUUUUGACAGACAGUGACAUAUUUUUAAAUGUUGUUGUUUGGUCAGAUAUUUUUCUAGUCUCUUUCUUUUUUCAGAAAAUUGAGAAUGGACGUUUUGCCAGCUACAGGUACUUUGCUCAUGCUAAAGUCAAUGAAUCUGACUUCCUCAUGAUCACCAAGAGGGGAAUAUUUUUUGUGACCAAAGGCACUUUUGGUCAGCUGACCUGUGAGUGGCAGUAUCUGUUUGAAGAGUUCACCAAGGAUCCAACCAUUAUAGAGGACCGCCGACUUCGCAUUGAGGCCAAGGAGAGAGUGAAGUCAGUCUUUCAUGCCAAAGAGUUUGGGAAGAUAAUAAACUUCAAAACUCCAGAGAUAGCCAAAUGGGUUCUUGCCAAAUUGGAGGAUGCACGAGAGAGUUUACCUAAGUACUGACUCUGAAGAGCGAGAAACGCAUUUUGACAUUAGACAGUAGACAUUUUGCCUACCAUAGCUUUAUAGAUUCAGUUUAACUUUCAUUUCUGGAUGUAAAGGAGGAUUUGGGUGUAGAAAUGUCAAUCUUAAUAGCGACUGAUAGGAAAAAAAAAUCACUCGAGUAUCACUGAGGCCAAAUUAACCAUAAUUGUCGUAGCACAUUUAAUGUUGCACACUGUUUCUUUUACUGGAUUAUAUAAAAAGGACGCUAAUAUGAAUUAGUAUGGCUUUAUAAUACACAUAAUUGAAAAAAUGUGCAUCCUUACAGUCUUCUGUUUCCUAUUUUUUAUACAUUUCAGAAUAAAGACUGUUGAGUGUGUGAGUCAGAGAUGCAUGCUAUUUUUAUACUGUACUUACAUGCAUCAGUCUGCUGUAUAUGACCUAAUAUGAUGUCUAUCUGUAAAUAUCCAUCCUCGCAUCAGACUUUAUGAGGAGGUUGCAGUAUGUAAUUUCGUGAUUUUUAUGUUUUUAUACCACACAUAUGCAAUGCCAAACAUGCUGAUGAAUUAUACAGAGAAAAGGUAUAUAUUGAAAAUAAAGAAAUGCUAAUUAUU